UCAACAGAUGAAUUCCAUACUUGAACUCUGCUGCAUUCCCGUGCCACCUCCUCCCUUAGAAAACUGAUCUUAAAACAGAUAAAAGAGGAAUAGAAGGUAAAAGAAAAAAGAUGCUGGGAUCUGAACGUGGUGUUGUGGAAGAAUGGUUAUCAGAAUUCAAGGCAUUACCUGACACUCAGAUCACCAGUUAUGCAGCAACGUUACACCGGAAAAAAACACUAGUGCCAGCCCUCUAUAAAGUUAUCCAAGAUUUGAAUAAUGAGCUUCUGGAGCCUGUCUGCCACCAGCUGUUUGAGCUCUAUCGUAGCUCUGAAGUUCGACUUAAGAGGUUCACACUGCAGUUCUUGCCAGAGUUGAUGUGGGUUUAUUUACGGCUUACAGUUAGUCGGGACAGACAGAGUAAUGGUUGCAUUGAAGCACUUCUGUUAGGAAUUUACAAUUUGGAGAUUGCUGAUAAAGAUGGAAACAAUAAAGUUCUGUCUUUCACUAUCCCUUCCUUAUCCAAGCCUUCAAUAUACCAUGAACCCUCAACAAUUGGAUCCAUGGCUUUGACAGAAGGGGCAUUGUGUCAACAUGAUCUCAUCAGAGUUGUUUAUAGUGAUCUUCAUCCUCAGAGGGAAACAUUCACUGCACAAAACCGGUUUGAAGUCCUGAGUUUUCUAAUGUUGUGUUAUAAUUCUGCUAUUGUGUAUAUGCCUGCCUCAUCUUACCAAUCUCUUUGUCGGAUGGGCUCCAGGGUUUGUGUGAGUGGGUUUCCACGGCAACAUGAAAAACAUUGGAAAGAACUCUGUGGUCGAAUAGUAUUGGAUCCUGAAUUUAUGGUACAACUUCUCACAGGGGUUUAUUAUGCCAUGUAUAAUGGACAGUGGGACCUUGGCCAGGAAGUUCUUGAUGACAUUAUUUAUAGAGCUCAGCUAGAACUUUUUUCUCAACCACUAUUGGUUGCUAAUGCCAUGAAAAACUCAUUACCAUUUGAUGCUCCUGAUUCUUCACAAGAAGGCCAGAAAGUACUAAAAGUGGAAGUCACUCCAACAGUUCCAAGGAUUUCUCGGACUGCAAUUACAACAGCUUCAAUCCGUCGUCAUAGAUGGAGGAGAGAAGAUGGCUUUGACUUCUCAAACGAGGCUGAUUCGAGUAUUCCUGGCUCCCCGAUCCAACACGGCUCCACUGACGUAGGGAUCAAACGUGUGCAAGAGGGGGAGGUGCUGGUGCGCAGGACCCCUGAGCCGGAGCCCAACUCAGCAGCAGCCACAACAGAGGGUGCUGAGGGUGUAAAUGGAGGAGAGGAAUCUGUAAACCUGAAUGAUGCAGAUGAAGGAUUUUCAUCAGGGGCUUCCCUCAGCAGUCAGCCAAUUGGGACCAAACCAUCCUCCUCUUCUCAGAGGGGAAGCUUAAGGAAAGUAGCAACUGGGCGUUCAGCCAAGGAUAAAGAAACAGGCUCUGCCAUCAAAUCCAGUGACAGCCCUCGAGAUUCAGUAGUUCGCAAGCAGUAUGCACAGCAACCAACUGAUAUUAGUGUAGAUUCAAUUGAGCUAACACCGAUGAAGAAACACCUGAGUCUGCCUGCAGGCCAGGUGGUGCCAAAAACCAAUAGUUUAAGUCUAAUCCGGACAGCCAGUGCUUCCUCAAGUAAAUCAUUUGACUAUGUAAAUGGCAGUCAAGCGAGUACCAGCAUUGGGGUUGGCACUGAGGGAGUUACUAAUUUAGCGGCUAACAAUGCUAAUCGAUACUCAACUAUCAGUCUACAGGAAGACCGGCUAGGUCAAGCUGGUGAAGGUAAAGAGCUCCUCAGCCCAGGAGCCCCCUUAACCAAGCAGUCUCGAUCCCCAAGUUUCAAUAUGCAGCUAAUAUCCCAGGUGUAGUUUUGACAUCCUCUCUUCUCUUUCUGCUUACCUUUUAAACUGAACAUUUCAUUGUGCAAGAAGACACUUCAUCACACAUUGUGAAAAUAUUGGUCAUCAUAAUCAGAUUUGAUUUAGUUUAGAGGUGUCUUCGUACUGUAUUUUGUAUGGAAACAGCAAUAAGGUUUUCUUUUCCCUCCUUCCUAUAUCUUCUCUUCACCUGUUCUUUGUAAAUGUGUUUGUGAAGCAGUAUAAAAUGUUUGCCUUUUC